AAUAUUUACAACACUCAAAAGGCAAUGAGAACCUGCAGGCGAAAAUGUUUUGUAUUUCUCUUUUUCGUAACAAUAAUCGCAUUCAUUUAUUAUUUCUAUUUUUGUAAAUUCAAACAAAAUGUUGUCAUAGGGAUACAGCAACCUGUUUCCUACACAAGCUAUUCAUCUCUACUAGUUCCAGGUAAACAAUCAGGUAAUGAUCGUAUGAAAGCUCAACUAAGAUAUACCUUAUCGGCAAAGAAAAGAUGGGGAAAUGAUGAACGGAAUGUGUCCCCAAAUCAGUCAGAUGCUGAUGAAAAUGUCAAGUCAAAACCGAUUCGACGAAAGUUUAAAACAUUAUUAAUACACAAUUUAAAGUAUCUGCGACCAUUGAAAGAAAAUCAAGGGACUUUCUUGGCACAGAACUGCCCAGUCAAUGAAUGCCUGGUUACAUAUGACAAAACAAAGCGUGACAGCGUGGAUGCUAUUUUCUUUUAUGAGACAGUAGGAAUAUCCGAGAAACCAAAGAACUCAAAUCAGAUAUGGAUAUACAUGACACAGGAGUCUCCUAAUUUCAACCCGUCAGUUAGACACUUGGGGAACAGAAUCAAUUGGACGAUCACAUAUCGUCAGGACAGUACGAUUGCAUAUCCCUUCCAGAAAUAUGAAUAUUUUAUCGAUUCAGUAAGGCAGAGAAAACAAUACUUAAAUUAUGCCAAGGGAAAAACAAAGAAGGUUGCUUGGUUCACUUCCAAUUGCUGUCCUAGCAAUGAUCGAAGGGGCUAUGCUGAGGAACUUGGAAAAUAUAUCCAGGUGGAUAUUUAUGGUUUUUGUGGUGCAAAAACCUGUACAAGAAAGGACGAUCCGAUAUGUUUCAAAAUGUUAGAAAAAGAAUAUAAAUUUUACUUGGCAUUUGAAAAUUCCAACUGUAGAGAUUAUAUUACUGAGAAACUCAUGCGCAACGCUUUGCAACACAAUGUUAUUCCAAUUGUAAUGGGUGCCCAUCCAGAUGAUUACCGCAGAGUAGCACCUGAGAAUUCAUACAUCCACUACGAGGAUUUCCAGUCAGCGAAAGAAUUAGCAGCUUACCUGCAUAAACUUGAUAAAAAUGAUACUCUUUAUAAUGAGUAUUUCAAAUGGAAAGGAACAGGAAAAUUUUACCAUGUCGACCCUUGGUGUAAUGUUUGUUCGAUGUUGCACCAUGCUUUAGACGAUAAGAAACAAAUCUGGUAUGAAGACUUUGGUGCUUGGUAUGCAGGGAAAGGCGUGUGUAUUGGAAUGGACCGGUGGACAUAAGACAUUGAGGAUCUUUU